AUGCUUGAUCGAUAUGCUGUCAUCAACUGCAAGCUCUUUCGAGGGGCUGUUCGCAUGACCCCAGAUGCAUUCCAAGCUCUCACUUACAGACUCAGCACAACCAAUGCCUUCAGAUCAAUAUCAAGCUUUCAGUGUGUUCAGCAGCAAGUUGCAGUUGGUCUAUAUCGGCUUGGACAGUCAGGAAAUGGUGGUGGAGUUUGUGAUGUUGCAUUUGCCUGCGGUUGCAGUCGGGGCUCAGUUCAUGUGUGGACAGAUAGGACUAUUGCAGGCCUAUAUGAGCUGAACAGCGAGGUAGUAACCUUUGCAACUGAAGACGAGCGUGCUAAGGCAAAAGCAUGGGUUGCUGAUAAGAGUGGAGUCGAGGAAUGGUCUAGAGGAUGGUUGGUGGUAGAUGGUACACACAUCAAUCUUGCUUGGAAGCCAGCACUCAAUGCUUGCAAGCAUUACUCAUACAAGGGUGAUUAUACAUUCAACAUUGCCCUUGUCUUCCUCCCUCAUUCCUUGCACAUUGUCGAGUCAGUGGUUGGACAUCCUGGGUCAUCACAUGAUGUCUACACAGUUGGACUGUACAGCAACACUGCAGCUGCAAAGAGCAGAGAUCUCCACUACUUCAACUAUUCACUCUCCCACAUUCAUGUCAAGGCUGAACAUGGCAUUGCCUACCUCAAGAACUGCUUCCAAUGUCUUAUGGGAUUUCAAGGCAACCUGUAUCAAGAAGAGGACCAUGAGAAAGCUGCACAUACAGUCCAGGCUUGUAUCAUUGCACAUACAUUUGCAAGCCAUUAUGAUCGACCAGAUGAGGUGGCAGAAUACCUUAAGGCAUCAGAAACUCUAUCUGAAGCUGAGGUGCUGGAGACCACGUCAGGGAUGGAAGCAUAUCAGCAGGCUACCGAAGAUGCAAGGAUACAACAAAGGGAAAACCAGCAGCAAUAUGAACAGGAACAGGCUGCUGCCAUGGAGGGCAUGUCUCAGAACCAAGUCCAGAAGUUCAGGCAGGAGAAAGCACUGGAUCUUAGGGAGGAGAUGCUCACUGCACUCUUUGCUUCUCAUGGCUGCCCUUUUGAGGACACAACAGCAGAAUCUCAAAGGAUGGGAAUGACAACAUUGGCCUUUGCCAAAUGGCAGGAGAGACAAAACUGA